AGGGAAGGAGGGAGGGUGAGGAGGAGAUGCUGGCAGGGUGUGGUGGUGUCUGCAUUCUCCUACUAGAGUUAACCCCAAAACACAACCCUCCUCUUGUCAUGAAGCAGAGGGCCGGGCUCUGCCCACAUCACUCCCCUCUGCCAGAGGUGCCUGCUCACAACUUCUACAACUUCAUCUCAGCAGCAAGACAGCAACUCUAACCAUGGCAUUUGCAAGCUGGUGGUAUGCUACGCACGGUGGUAAGAAACCAGAUGGGACAUCCAAGCCUACAGAUAAGAAAAGCAGUGAAACAGCAGAGAAAAAACAUGGAACCACGAGUACAAGUGCAAGCACGAGCGCAGCAGCAGCAGCUAGCAGUAGCAGGGUACCAUCUUCUCAACAAAGGACUAUGAAACCAGCCGAUACAAAGCCAAAGACCGCACCAAAGACUGAACCAGCCAAAUCUACGCAGACAACUGUGCCAAAGAGUACUACAACGUCAUCAACGGUAUCAACAGUAAAACCCAGCACAGAAAAAGUCCCUGCCAAACAAGACUUAAAAGCGGUACCACAGAGGAAUAAAUCGGACACCACAGUAACAUCACGUGCUGUAGGUAAAGCAGCUGCUGCCUCUGUUGUUGCCACAAGUAAACCUAAAGAUGAGGUUAAAGAAGAAAAGAAAACUGUGAGCGUUGAUCAGAUUGCUGCAGUACCAGAUACGAGUGGCAAAGACGAUGCCUUGGAUCUAUUAAUUGAUUCUCUUGGGGGCCCAGAAAAUGUGCCAGAGUCUCCCAAAUUCACUGGUCCAGAGAUUGCUGACACCCCAGCCACCUCAGAAUAUGUGGAAGAGCUGGGAAAGAGAGACAGCACAAUCCCUCCAGAAUACAGGCACCUGUUGGAUGGUAAAGGAGACAAACCAGUACUUCCUCCAAAGGAAGCUGAAAAGAGCUUGGGAGAUGAUGAUCUUGUUGCAGCAUUUUCCUCUGAUUUUGUCAGCUCCCCGGCACCUCCUGAAGAAAAGAAGCCUAAACUAGAAGAGUUGCAGAAAAAAGAUGCAAAACCAACAUCCUCGGCACCAGCUGCUCCUGCACAACCCAGUGCUGCGAAAAUAGAAGCAAAACCAUCAUCCUCAGCGCCAGCUGCUCCUUUACAACCCAGCCCUGUGGCCUUAUCAGAAGAUGCUUUAGACGAACUAUUGGGUACUCUUGAAGGCCCCCCUACAUAUGAACCAGAGUCUCCCCAAUUUACUGGCCCAGAAGUAACAGAGACCAUUACAAAAACCUACCUGGAAGAACUUGGUAAGAGGGAUUCCACAAUCCCCCCAGAAUACAGACACCUGCUAGAUGGAAAGGACCAUGGUAAACCUAUACCACCUCCAGCUCAACAACCACCGCCAAUGAGCGACACCAGUCUAGUAGAUGAAUUCUCAAAGGAUUUUGAAACCUCCAUUUCUCCUGCUGCUGAAACAACUCCUGCUUUUCGAGUGAAGGAUUCUGCACAAGAUAAACAAGCUAAGUCCGAUGUUGUAGUCCCAUCAGCAGCAGCAUCGGUUCAGUCUGCUGCAGCAUCAUCUGUUCAGUCUGCCGCAGCACCCUCUGCCAGUAUAGACAGUGCUUUAGAUGAAUUGAUGGGUACUUUAGAAGGGGCGGAGUUCAGUGUCCCAAAAUCUCCUGUAUACACAGGUCCAGAAGUGACGGAAAUGAGUACAGCUACUUAUAUUGAGGAGCUUGGGAAAAGAGAAAGUACAAUCCCUCCCGCAUACAGGAACCUCCUAGAUGGAAAAGCUGAUGGACCACCGGUACCCCAAACUCCCGAAGAUAAGGCCAUGACUGACAGUGAGUUGGCAGAUGCUUUUGAUAAAGAGUUUUCAUGCCCUGAGCCCCCAGUUGCACAGCAGACCCCUCCUGUCACACCCAAAGAGACUCCUGAUGGGAAAAAGUCAGAAUCUGAAAUUGUAGUAAGCGCCGCCUCCUCCUCUUCUCUCCAAGCUGCUCCUGUCCCUUCUAAAGCACCUGCAGCUAAAGGUGACCCACUUGAUGCCCUGGCUGGCACAUUGGGCACUAGGAAAGACGACCCAAAAGACAAGCAACCUGGUGUAGAUAAAGUUAAGGAAAAAACUGGCAAGGAAAGUAGAGAAAAGCUUGGUGAGGAUGAAGAAACCAUCCCCCCUGAUUACCGACUAAAGGAAGUCAAGGAUAAAGAUGGGAAGCCUCUUUUGCCAAAACCUGAGGAAAAACCACAGGCGAUGAGCGAGGACGAACUACUGGAUGCUCUGACAGAAGGGUUUGACACUACACCUGUCCCCUCACAGUGUGCACCAUUACAGUCCUCUGCGAAGGCUCCUGGAAAAUCCGGAUCUGAAGAAAUGGUGUCCUGCUCUAAAGCUUCUGCAGUACAGUCCUCAGCAGCAGCACGCUCCGUCUCUAUACCUGAUGAUGCCCUAGAUCUGCUCUCUAGUUCCCUGGGAGAAAGGCAGCCUGAUCCAGAUGAGAACAAGCCUGUAGUGGACAUGGUAAAGGAGAGAGUAAAAGAAGAGCAUAUUGAUAGGCUUGGAGAUCGAGAUGACACAAUCCCACCUGAGUAUAGACACUUGCUGGAUGGUAAAGACCAGGGAAAACCUGCAAAACCAGAAGCAGUAAAACCACAGACAUCAUUGGAUGAUGCCGCAGCUAUCGAUCUGCUCUCUGGAGGCUUUGCAUCUUGUGAAACCAAGGCAACUGACAAAACACAAAACUCUUCACAGGACAAGGUUGAGAAAGGUGUCUGCAGUGCUCCAGUAUCUAAGGCAUCAGGGAAGGUUCCAGAGGCUUCAAAGAACCAGGUUGAGAAGGGUUCCUCAGUCCAGAAACCAGAGACAUCAGGAAAGGUUGCAGAUUCCUCAAAGUCUACAGGUCAAAGCACCUUGGAGAAGCCUGGUGCCCAGAAGAUAGGCAAAAGUUAGACCUUUGAUGCAGAGUCAGUCUCCCCUUUAUUGAUAAAAGGACUGCUUAGAAAGAACAAGGACUGAUACAAGCACAUGCCUUCCACACUGUAUCUUUCCUUAGACCCUGUUGUGUUUAUGGAAGCGCUGAAUGAGUUAUAUUUUCCCUUCUAUGCAAAAUCUGUUUUUCGGUUCUUUCAGGGGCAAAGCUUCUAUAGUUGUAAUAAAUGUCUCAUGUAAGUAAUACAUUAAAGCCUGCACCUUUUGCACAUAUUUUCCAUAUAGAAUGCGUGAGCUUGAGAACGUGUGAGGUUACUGAGGAACUUGUACAUGACUAUAUCCAUAGUGAGAUGAUAGCAUUGGUCAUAUUCUGUAGGUAUUACAGGGGCUUCAUUUUGUUUGGUAUACAAGUGAAGAACACAUCCUCUAUGUUUACAAGAACUGUGCAGUUUAUACUCGCCAAUCCCCUGUUCUUCAUGCACAUAAAAUGUUAUGGGGCUUCUUGGCAUGGACAGACCUUAAAAAAUUUUGCUUAAAUAAAAACAUAUUUUUUCAGGAGAUGGUUGCACUGAUUCCCAAUAAAUCUAUUUGAUACAGAUAGUACAUAACCUGGUGCAGAGAAAUUGAUUUUUUUACUUGAUGUGUGUUAGCGGAAGAGAUAUAAGGGCAGUUUUGCUUUAAACUUAUAACUGUGGAACACUAUCAGAAAUAAAGUUUCAUGAAAACGUG